AUGCGUGUGUAUGUUAUACAAACAAUUUAAAACACAACAAAUGUUUAAUAUACAUCUUCAUCUCAACUGUAAAAUGUUUUUUUUUUUAUGUUUUUUAUUGCAUAUAUUUCUACAUAUGUAUAUACAUAUGUAUUCAACAUAUAGCCGUAUAUGUAACUCCCGGUGUAAAUUUGAAAGUUUAUUUGAGUUGUUAUUGUAGCGAACUAUUGCAAAUUAACAAGAAAAUACCCUUUACAAAAAAAGAUCAAAGAACUUGAUUUUGAUCGUUCAGUUUGCAUGUCUUUUAUAUACUAUAGCAAAGACUAAGUUUACUGCAAUCUCGAAUAAUACUAAGUUCUCGCUAGGUAUCUAUAUGUACAUAAGUAUAUUGGCAUACAUAUUUAUUUAAUAAAAAACUGUCAAAAUGAGAUUUUAAAAUUUUAUUCGUUAUUUUAUAAUUGUCUUUUAAAUUGAAAAUAUAUAAAACUGAAAUGGCUUCUGGUCAAACGCCAAGACCUAUAUCCAAUACGGCACCAGCUACAGCGGGUAGGAAUCGACAACAACCAACUCCAACCCCACCAUCAACGACAACAGCUUCUCCAAUUGCAAAUACUACAACCACCAUCACACAUGCUCACGCAACACCUCCGACUCCUCCAACAACGCCUAUAAAUCGUUCACCACAGCCAACACCUCAGCCAUUAGCAAGUACCGCAGUACAGCCCACACAAGUACACCCAAUACCUAGAAUCCAUCCAUUAUCCCCAGUUACUCCGCCAAACACUCCUGCUGGAGAAAACGUAAAUGAAUUAAUAAUAAUAACCGAAAGUGCUACCUACAAUAAACUUUUGAGUGAUGUGGGAAAUAAAUAUUUACUAGUUGAAUUUUAUGCACCCUGGUGUGGCGCUUGUAUGCUUAUAAAUAGGAAACUUGAAGAACUUGCAGUAUCAUAUUGUGGUAAAUUGAUCAUAGCGAAGGUUAAUAUAGAUGAUUGCGAACAAAUCGCUGUUGACAACAAUGUCAGCAUGAUGCCUUCGUUUAUGUUGUUAAAAGAUAAUCAAGUUUUGGAAAAGUUUGCCGGAAGCAGUGAAGAGAAGUUAAUGAGUGUUAUACAAAAAAAUGUGGGUGACCCAACGAAUGUCGUUAGUGACCCACCAACGACAAAUCUAACCACAAGUCCAACAACGACAGCUGGACAAGCACAGCCCAGAAUACCCAUUGAAUCGACUGCACAAAUGGCUCAAGCUUCCCCAUUGGCGCCUACUUAAUCGAAAUAGAUACAUUUUCAGUAAUAACGUUUGGGUUUGAAGCGAGGAUGUUAAUAAUGUUGUACAUUUCAUGUAAUUAAAUUUUCUUUGAUCAAACUACACUUUGCUAAAGAAACAAAAAAUUGCUCUAUAAAUUCACAACCACACUGUUGAGAUUUUUCUGUUAAAGGGCUGAAAAUAUUGAAAAUAAAAAUUCCUGUCUUUCAAACAAAAAUCUCAAAAAAAUUGUCUCUGAAAAAGCAAACAAUUUGACAGUACUUCGCUCUCACGCCUCGAAAUCAUGGUGUAUAUUGUACAAAAUAAAGAAGAUCUGGAUAAGAAGCUAGAGGAAGCCGUCGGCUCUGGCCAAUUGGUGGUCAUUGAUUUUUUUGCAAAUUGGUGUGGACCAUGUAAGAUUAUUAGCCCGAAACUCGAAGAGUUGGCCACACAAUAUGCCGAGAAAGCGAUUGUGUUGAAAGUCAAUGUGGAUGAUUGUGAAGACAUAGCCCUUGAAUACAACGUGACCAGUAUGCCUACAUUCGUUUUUAUUAAGGAUAAUCAUGUUAUUGAUGUAUUCGUUGGCGGCAACUCAGAGAAACUAGUCAAGAAUAUGGAGAAAUAUGUAGGUGAACCAAUACCCGUAGAAAAUAUGCCAGAAAUUGUGGAAGCCGAACAAAUAAUCGAGGAAGAAACUGUGCUUGACUAAAGAAAUAAUAAUAUUAGAUUUGUUUUCCUGAAAUCAAUAUACUUAUCAUGUUUUAAAUUAACAAUCACUUACCCAGGUACUUUUUCUUUGCAAAUGAAACAUUUUUUUUUUACAAUUCCACUGCCAAAUUGGCAUUUACAUAAUUUCCAGAAGAACUAUGGUACACUCCAAUGUACUAUCUAACUUCAGAUUAUCAGAAGAUUCACCCUCACAUGUCAUUGUGCAAGCUAUGUACUAUUAUAAUUUAUAAAAGCAUAUUGAAAUAAGUAUGUAUUCAAAUGGAUAUUGAGGAUAACUUUAAUCAAUUCAUUAUUUAACAGUUAUGUUU